GUAGCUAGCCAACAGGCAAAAUGGCAAAAUCAUCUUCAUCUCAGCCUGUGCUUGUUCAGCAUAUGCCCCUAAAUUUCAAAACCCUAGGGUAAUAGUAAUUCUAUCUCACGCCAAUUUGUUUGCUUCAGUAUUAGGAAAUCCGAUUGCUGUUCAUGCUGACUAAUAUUUGUGAAAAGAAGAUGCUUUAAAUUUAUUGUCAAAAUUGGAGUGAUGCAGCUGAGGUUUAGGGUUCAAUCGAAUUGAUCAGAUAAAUUUUUCCCUAUUAUUCAAAGGAAAUGGAAAAGUUUUAAUUGAGCCAUCCAUUUACGAGGAUAGAGUUGAAUCUGCAAAUCACACUUGGCGAUUUGGCAAUUCCAAUCAUGGCGGACGAGAAUUCAGAUAAUCGGCAGCAAGAAGAUUCCGCCGUCGGAGAUGGCGGUGAUAAAUACGGUGAUGCCGACGACACAAACACCGCAAGCAGCUCGAAUUCAGCACUGGCAGAUGGUUUGUCUCGGUUGAUUUCAUCUGUCAUGACUGCCUUCGAUUCCCGAGCUGAAGCCACUGGCCGGAGUCAAGAUCAACUCGCCUUCGCAAUCGAUCGUCUCACCGGAGAGCUUGACAAAUUGCUAGAGGAUGCUCCAUCGCCGUUUAUUAUGCAGCAUGCUGCUAGGAUUUCUGGUGUUAGGAAAAGGGUUAAAUCGUUGAAUAGUGUUUUGAAGUCCAUUCAAUGGCGCAUUGACAAUAUGGAUCGGAUGCUGUCCGCUGGAUUAGCUCAUGUGCAGAGACAAUGGCGGGUGAAAGCAGUGAGCAGCAGCAUGCUGAAUAAGGCAUCACUUGAAAACAGUGGCUGGAAUUUACAUCCACCUUGUUGUAGUCAAGAUAUGGAUGGAAACAACCAAUUGAUAAACUAGAAUACAUGCUGAUGACUGCCUACGAGCAAUCGUUUUAAUAUCUUUUGGGGAUAUUUUUUUUGUUGGUUUGCCUCAGUAUUUUUCAUUUCUCUUAGGAAGUGAUGCAUUUGUCAUCUUGUACGGUGCCACUCUGAUAAAGUUACAAAUUUGAUAUGGUUGUUCAAAAAUACUCUCUCUGAAAAGUAAAAGUUAUAUUAUCAUCUUCCAUUAAA